AGGUUGGCAUUAGAGGAGUGAAGAGUGUGAGCAGCGAGGUGAGGUAGGAAGGGGAGGGAUGUAAUAACCUGUGUGGGUGCCACCAGGCUGAGAAGUGUACAAGUUUCUAUUCUCCCUUUUGAAGAAAGUGACUCAGAAGGGAUGGGAACUGGGCCUUUUGGUUGGUCCUGUGGGCUGGGACUGCUCCAGGACCUUUCAAAAUUUGCUUUCGGUCUUUAGCAUAUCCUCGACGCUUAAUAAAUGCCAUUACUCUACCAGGAGAGAGUGGUUCUGGUGAACUUUGGACCUCCCUUUCUUUCCUCCUGGCUGAGUCCCAUGACUGAAAGAAAAUCUAUGAACCAGGGCAGGCGGGUUGAGGAGGUGAGGAGGGGCUGCAGGAGUCCCUCUUCCAUCCCUAUCUCUGGGCUCUGAUUGGGGUGCCAGUGCAAUGGGCUGAGAAGAAAAGCACGUGGACGACAACACCAAACUGAAAAUCUGCCACAGGACAGAUUUGGGCCCGCCUGAAGGGAGAGGGCUGCAGUCAGGGCUGGGGAGGAAGUCAGAGACACUGGGCCCACAUCUGGAUUUGGCGGAUGCCAGGAUCGGUUGUCCGCAUCCUCCGGGUGGGACCCGAGUCCCUGUGGCGGCCUGGGGCAGUGGUGCCAGGCGCCCCUGGAACGGGGCUCACUCAGCCGGGACGGGCAUCAGUGUGGAAUGUCACCAUAGCUCCUGGGGGCCCAAGCGGGGUUGAUGGUCGCUAAACUCCCCCAUUCCUCUCAAACUCUGGGCAGCUUGAGUCAACCAGGGAUAAUGAGCAGGAUCGAGGCCAGACACCGGAAGGAGGCUGAAAUCCUGAAGAUGGAAGAGGCGAAAGAAGGCCUGAGCCGGCGGGAGGGGAGGAUAAUGACUGAUAAAUCCCCCCGGAACCCAGGAGUCUGGAAAUCCUGCUCCAUAGUUGCAAGACUUUUUGGUGCCCUACCACCUCAUUUGCUGAAAUCUGCCAAACAUAAAAUUUACUCCAUCCCCCACCCUUUUCCUCUCUCUCUCUCUCUCUCUUUUUUUUUUUUAAGCAGCACCAUUCAAGCCGGCCAUGUUGCAGAGGUGGAAAUAAACUGCCCUAAUAUUAUAUGUGUCUUGGAAUAAACCCGGGUGAUCUUUUUUUAAGAAUUUAGCUAUUGCCCAACACCCAUCCUCCCUCUCCAUCCCUCCUUUCCCCAAAUCCAUCCCCUCCCCAACCUUCCAACCCAGCGCUUUCCCUGAAAAUGCACAGGGACCUCCGGCUACCUCCCCUUUCCUUCUGCCUCACGGGGCUGAGUCUGAUGUUCUAUCUGGCUCCGCCAGUUCUGGGCAUGGAGGUCUCUGUGCCCAUGACCCUGAACGUCCUCAACGGCACCAUGGCUCGCCUUGCCUGCACCUUCAACUCCUGCUAUAAGGUGAACAACAAGCACUUCACCUUGAACUGGACGUACCAGAGCUGCCGGAACUGCUCCGAGGAGAUGUUCCUCCAGUUCCGGAUGAAGAUUAUAAACCUGAAACUCGAGCGUUUUGGGAAUCGAGUGGAGUUCUCGGGCAACCCCAGCAAGAACGACGUGUCGGUGAACCUGAAAGACGUGCAGCUGGAAGACGAGGGCACCUACAACUGCUAUGUGAUGAACCCCCCCGACCGCAGCCUCGGCCACGGCAAGAUCUACCUGCAGGUUCUCAUGAAGGCGCCCCCCGAACGCGACUCGACCGUGGCCGUGAUCGUGGGCGCCUCGGUGGGCGGAUUUCUGGCCGUGGUCAUCCUCGCCCUGAUGGUGGUGAAGUGCGUGAGGAGGAAAAAGGAGCAGAAGCUGAGCGCCAACGGCCUGAAGACGGAGGAGGAGGAAGAGGAGGGCAAGACGGACGGCGAGGGCAACCCGGAGGACGGCACCCAGUAAGGGGGGAGGGGGCGGGACAGAGGCUGGCCCCUUCUCCGCGCCCCCUCUCCGUGUCCGGUGCCCACGCCGCCCCCCGCCCCCGUGCGCUGCCCCUGAGCCGGCCCCCACACCCUCCCUCGCCCCCCGCCCCCCUCCAGCCCAGGUCCUCGCUUGCGAACCCCGGAGACCCCACGUCCAGCCAGAGAACUGGGGGGCUCAGAGGGUCCCGCUGCCCGCUUCAAGCUCAAAAUGGGGUGGGGGCGCGGGGCCGAGGGCCGGACUCCAGCGCAAGAAGCAGAGAGGGCCGAGCCCCUAGGGAGAGGGGGAGGCCAGGGAACCCGCAGGGGAGGGAGGUCAUCUUGCCUUUAUUUUAUAUUUCAAAAAUUCACCACUUAAAACCAGGUCGUGAUGAAAUAUUUACAUGAAAUAAUUUAAAAUGACCCUAAACAUCCCUCCUUCCUCCCUCCUUCCAA